AUGAGAUUCCAGUUUCAGCUUUGGGGAGGGGGAGCACCAGAUUCAGAGUCCAAUUCCAGCUUUGGGGGGGAGCACUGGAAUCAGAGUCCAGUUCCAACUUUGAGGAGGGCAUCAGAAUCAGAGUCCUGUUCCAGCUUUGGGGAGGGGGAGCAAUGGAAUCAGAGUCCAGUUCCUCCUUUGGUGAGGGGGCACCGGAAUCAGAGUCCAGUUCCAGCUUUGGGGAGGGGGAGCACCAGAAUCAGUGUCGAUUCCAGCUUUGGGGAAGGAGAGCACCAGAAUCAGAGUCCAGUUCUAGCUUUGAAAAGGGGGAGCACCAGAAUCAGUGUCCAGUCUCAGCUUUGGGGAGGAGGGCACCGAAAUGAGAGUCUAGUUCCAGCUUUGAGAAGGGGGAGCACCAGAAUCAGAGUCCGGUUCCAGCUUUGGGUAGUGGGAGCACUGGAAUCCAAGUCCACUUCUAGCUUUGGAAAUCAGAGUCCCAUUCCAGCUUUGGGGAGGGGGAGCACCGGAAUCACAAUCCAGUUCCAGCUUUGGGGAGGGGAAGCACUGGAAUCAGAGUCCAAUUCCAACUUUGGGGUGGGCGCACUGGGAUCAGAGUCCAGGUCCAGCUUUGGGGAAGGGGAGCACCAGAACCACAGUCCACUUCCAGCAUUUGGGAGGGCAACCCCUGAGGCUGCGGGGUUCCGCCCUCCACGAGAAGGACCCUCGGGUGAGAGAGCAGCCCAGGGGCACGCAGGCCGACCUGUCCUCGAGAUCACGGCGGCACGACUUUUCCGGAGACUCACCGGAACACCCUCUGGGCAGGCCUGA